UCGCGCAUGUCUAUAUUUAUAAUUUAUGUACGUUUCGAACGGCCGUGGCUAUAGAACGAUGCUUAGAGCUGAUAACGAUAAUGUAAAUUGUCCUGGUUGUAACGAUAUCGUAGUUCUAUCGAUUCCCUUGGAGCAUUUCAAGGGACAACAGUACAAAGUAGAAAGGGAAAGGAGUACAAGUCUUCGCUUUGUAGUAAUUAUGCGCCGAAGAGAUUUAGAAGAAAGUGUAAAUCGACCGUUGGAAAAAAAAAGUUUGUGGUCUGCGCUCGUACAAACAUAUCAUGAGUAUUCGGCAGAAUCUACUGUGCACGGUAUCAAGUAUACUACUCAAAGAAACUCCAUUUUGGAAAGAGUUCUUUGGCUACUGGUUGUAAUUGUCUCGAUAGUAUGUGCUGGUAUAUUGGCCAGUAAGUUUUACGAAAGACAUCAAACUGCCAGUAUAAAAACUUUGAUAGCGAAUGAUCAAUAUCCUUUGUGGAAACUACCAUUGCCGGCAGUGACGUUUUGCCACGGGAGAUUGGUAACAAUGGAAAAAGUAAAAUCUCUUAUAAAUGAUCCGGAGAGUCCUUUAUAUUUCCCUUAUGGGAUGAAUGAGUCAACUUUUAUAAAUUCUGUAGAAUAUAUCCGAGAAGCCUUAUAUCCUUCGCAUCGAUUCGGAGAGGAAACAGGAAAGCUGCAGUCAGUUCUGGCAGCGAACGUGAUGACGGUGCGUCAACUUUUUGAAAAAGUCAGUCCAAAUUGCAGUGACUAUAUGUUGACAUGUAGAUUUGAGAACAAAAUAACACCUUGCGAAACACUGAUUAAGAUGACUUUAACGUAUUAUGGAAUUUGUUGUUCCUUCAAUUACGCGUACGAACCACCGAUUAAAAUGGCUAAAGGAAUAAAAAGAGAAGAGACAAAAGAGUACAAGGCUUUGAACUUAGGACCAGGAUCUAUACUGUCGGUGGUAAUGAGAUCCUAUACGAAUGAUCAUGUGGCUUCCACUUUAGUCGGUGAAGGCAUUCGGAUUUUAGUCCAUGAGAGAUUUUCAUAUCCUGGUCCAUCAGCCGUGGAAUUUGUUGCGGCUGCUGGAUACGAGACUGUAGCACAUUUAUAUGUAGAUCAAUUGAGCAGCAGUAAGGAAGUCCUUAGGAUAUCGACGGCGGAGAGAAAUUGCGACCUUCGCAGUUUGGAGACGUACAGAUCAAAUAAUUGUUAUGUCCAGUGUCGAGAAAGGAGGCUGCAGCAGGUUUGCGGAUGUCUGCCAUUUUUUGCAUCUAUAAUACAGAAAAAUGAUUCUAUUUGCAAUUUCACACAUACCGCGUGUUUGGCGAGAAGUUUGCCAGACACUUAUGCUCUUAAAAUGACGGAUUGUCAGUGUUUACCUAAUUGUGAGGACACUAUGUAUAAUAUAGGCGUAACAGCAUUGCCAUUGAAUGCUGUACAGUAUCAGCCGAGUGAACUUUAUAGAAAAACUAUGGAUGAUCCGACUGUUACUAUAUUACAUAUUACAUUUGGUAAACAGAGUGCAACGUUACAACGUCGGGAAUUGGUACUCUCGUGGAUUAAUCUUCUUUCAUCUUUGGGCGGAGUGUUUAGUCUGUUUCUAGGAUGCAGCUUCAUCUCGGUUAUUGAGAUUUUCUAUUUUUUGUGUCACUUCAUUCGGAAAGUCGUGCGGAAUGAACACCCAUAGAAUCAAGUGAUUUAUGUAAAAAAAGAUAAAUGAAUUAUUUAUUUUAAAUAUGAAAUUGUAUACACAAUAGCCAGUAAUUCUAUGCACAAUUUAUAAAUAUAAAAUUAUUUUUAAGAUAA